AAAAAACCUUUCAACCCAUUGACCAUCCAAGCCAUUUUGUCAUGGAUCAAUUUCUGACGUCACAGUCUAAUAAGGGGAUUCAAUUCGGGAUACAUUCUCCGGAGAUGAGGGCGAGGGCCGGCAGACACAAUUUCCUUUCCCGACUACAAACCCCACCAAAAAUAUUUCUGAACAGUCGAACAAAACACUGAUCUUGCGAGCUGGUGAUCAGAAAUAAUCCAGCCCGAAUUGACAUUUGCAUUGAACCAGUGGAAGCCAUGGAGCAGCAACUAAUUACAGCAGGGCACACAAGAAUCGGUUGGAUAGGAACGGGCGUAAUGGGCUUAGCCAUGUGCGCCAGGGUGCAGGCCGCCGGCUUCCACGUCACCAUCUACGCCCGAACCCCCUCCAAAAUCUCAGCCCUCUGCAAUAGCGGCGCCGCCUCGGUGGAAUCUCCCAUGGCCGUCGGAGAACGCUGCGAUGUCGUCUUCACCAUGCUCAGCAACCCUUCCGACGUCCGCCAGGUCGUAUUGGGAACCGACGGGGUGCUCUCAGCUCUUACCCCCGGCGGGAUCCUCGUCGAUAUGACCAGCAGCCAGCCCUCGCUCGCCAAGGAGAUUUUUGAGCAGGCCACCGCUAAAGGCUGCGAUUCCGUCGAUGCGCCGGUUAGCGGAGGCGACAUUGGAGCUCAAAAUGGCACCUUGGCGAUCUUAGCGGGCGGUCGCCAGGAAACCGUGGCUAAGCUGGAGCCCCUGUUUAGACGCAUGGGUUCGGCUACUUAUUUGGGCCCUGCGGGCUCCGGGCAGAGCUGUAAGAUCGCUAAUCAGAUUACUGUUGCGGCGAAUCUGGGCGGUCUGAGUGAGGGUUUGGUGUUUGCGCGUAAGGCGGGUUUGGAUGUGAGGAAGUAUUUAGCGGCCAUCGGUGGCGGUGCGGCAGGGUCGAAGGCGAUUGAAUUGUUUGGUGAGAGGAUGAUUGAUCGGGACUUUGCGCCGGGGGGUUUUGCGGAUUAUAUGGUGAAGGAUUUGGGGAUGGCUUUGGAGGAAGGCGAGAGAGCGGCUGUGGCAUUGCCUGGGAGUGCCCUGCAUCAGAAGCUUUAUCUUUCCAUGACGGCUAAUGGCGAUGGACGUUUGGGAUCUCAGGGUUACAUUACUGCCAUUGAGAGGCUUAAUAACCUCCAAUGAAUACUCCUUUCUCGCUUUCAGUUCUGGUCUUUUAAUUACAAAUCAUGUUGCCCAGGGCCUUUUUUGUGCUGUAAGAUCUAUGCUGCUUUUACUCCUGCAUCAAUUGAAAAGUUUUCUGAGAUGUUCAGUAUUUCAUUUGUCUUUAAAUCGACAAUGAAUGAAUUUAAAAGAAGUCGACCAGACCAGCAGUCGAAGGGAUAAAGGUCGAAACAUUGACAGUUUUCAAACACUUUUUUAUAUCUCUCUCCAAUUGUGAAUGUUGAUGAAGAAGUUGGUAGUUCUGUAAA